GUCACUGUAAGUACGCACACCACUGCUGAGCACUUGUCAAUUUGCUUCAGGUAGAGGUUAUAUGUAAUUAUAACGCGUAUUUUACUCGAGACGGUGUUUAAUUUCAAUAAAGUUUACUAUACUUUUUAAAAAUGAGUCUGGUUGCAUAUGGCAGUAGCGAUGAAAAUUCAGAUGAGGAAGAAAAUAACUCUGGUACUGGGGAUAAGAACAAAGUUUUGGCCGAAAUUGUAACCACCCAAAAAACAACUGACAAAUUAUGCUUACCUGUUCCAAAACACUCCGAAAAAGUUGAUGAAAAUAAUGUUAACACAGGCUCAUUAGAAAAGAUUCACUUUGAUAAGUUACCUAAACCUAAAAGCAUAAUCAGUGAAACUGAAGAUAUUAUAGAAGAAGAUGAUAUUCCUUUGAAAAAAGAAAUUGAAUUAAAACCUGAGAAGCCAAUGAAGAAAGAUCGUGUACCAGUUAAAAUAACAGUACCUUCCCUAUCUGAUUUUCAAGAUGUUGAUGAGGAAAAUGAAACAAAGUCUAACAGAAUUAAACCAUCAAAUAAAGGUACCAAACUUUUUGCCUUACUACCACCACCAAAAGGAGCUGAAGUGAAAAAUACUAAUAAAUUAGUACCGACUACUGUCAGUAAAACAGCUGCAAAAAUAAGUCAGGAAAAAGUUCAAACCAAUAAGAAGAUAAAAGAUGAUUCACAUACAAAUAAAGUAUCAAAAACAACAGCAACAACAACAAGAGUUUCUAUGGAUAUAAGUUCUGAUGAAGAUGAAGAUGAUGCAGUUGUAAAUAGUAAAAGCAGUACUGUUACUGAUUUCUUUGCUUUGUCAGCAACUGAAAUUGUAUCUAAUCCUGAUGUAUCAGAAUCUUUUGAAAGUAUUGCAGAUUUAAAACCAGAAUCAAGUAAGAUUGAUUCAGAAAUGAUACAAGAUUCAGAAGAAGCCUGUAGUCAAGAUAAUCAGAAAACAUUAGCUUCUGUAGAGUAUGAUAUUUUAAGCUUACCAAGGGAAGAAAUAUUACUUAAAAAUAAGGCAGAAGUGGGCCCGAAAUUGCCCGUGCCUGAACAAGAAUAUAACAUUGAUACCGAAGGUAAUGUGGCCUUUGAUGAUAAAGCUAUUGAAUAUCUUUGUGGGAGAAGAGGAGUAAAACGAAAACCGAAAGAAAUUAAAGACGUAAAUAUUAUUGAAAUAAAUGGAGAAGAUAUAAAACCAGAUGAAAGAGAAUGGCUAGUAAAAGCAUUAACAGAAGAGCCUGUACAAAGACCAGUUUCUAUGCAGGGUGGGGUUAAUUCUCAGUCUAAAAAGAAACACCAAAUAACAUAUUUGGCUCAUCAAGCUAAAGCAAUGGAAAUGGAAUUAAAGAAUCAGUGGGCACAGAAUAGGUUGACAAGAAAACAAACACAAUCGAAAUAUGGGUUUUAAAUAAUGAACGUGUACAAUAACAGAUACAUAAUAUUCUAUCUUUAUUUUUGUAUGAAAAUGAAAAAGUAACAACACA